GACGCGAACACGCAACCUCGACAGUGGCGCUUGUCAGUGUGCGACGCGAACAAACACGUUUGUUUUCGUAAUCAUGGCGCUUCGCAUGGUGUGCAGCAAAACAUUCAGCUUAAAUCGAAUCAUUUCCCUGCAUUCUAUUAACCACCACCUCCCGAAACCCGUACAGAAUGUAACAGCAGCCUCCGUACGAUGGUCUUCCUUCCGCUCGUCCGAACCGGUCGGUGAUUUGGCCCAGUAUCCCGAGGUGGAGGUCGUACGGAACCCGCCCGAGUGGAAGUAUGUCGAGCGGCUGCUUGCGCCCCGCACCGUGCCCAAGCCGACGGCGAAGGACGCGUACCCGUCGGGCUGGAAACCGGCCAACCCCCAGCCCGGCCUGAAGUAUGUGGUGCAGCGGACGAAAAAUCACAUGCUACCGGUGUACUUGCGCCGGUCGUUCCGGGGCCAGCGGCGAAUAACGGCCGUCCGGCACGUGGAGGGCGACAUAUGGCUGCUGGAGGCGGAGCUGCGCUACCACAUCGAGCGCCAGCUGAACCGGCCGAUUAUUACGCGCGUGAACGAGAUGAGCGGACAGAUCGAGCUGAAGGGCGACCAUGUCGCGUUCGUGGAAAAGUUCCUGCUCGAGAAGGGAAUGUGAAGAGGGGGUUCGGUCUGUCGGCGGGCAAAUGGUGUUAAAUAAAGCGUGCAUUUUAGUGACUAA